AGUAAAACAUAAUUUAUCGAAAUAGUUAAAGCAUAUAAGUAUACAUUUAUGAUUAUAUCAAUGAUUUUUUUAAAUAGUAGUGUCCAUAUCUAUUAAAUAAGUCGAAACAUAUAUACAUGUAAAAAAAAUCUGGGUGGUUGACAAGAGUUAUCUCCACUUUUAAAGUUUUCAAUGUUGGAACCGCUAAAGUGUGUUGACAACACCACAACAAAAAGAAAGAAUUUUGGCAGAAAAAAUAUCGAUAACACAAGAUGCCAAAGAAAGGUAAAAAGGGAAAGAAGAAAGGAGGGAAAAAGAAGAAAAAGACAGUAGCUGGAGCAGAAGACAUUAUACUGAGACUUUAUAAAUGUUAUGAAAGAAAUUGUGCUCUCACUGAUUCCCAGAUGUGCUCUGGAAUCAAAAAUGCUCUCAAGGCAUGUCAAGAAAACACAACAGUUUUAGAAAAGUUCAUCUUUGAAGGAGCAGUACCAGAAAUUGAGGGUGCUUUACCAGUAUUGAUAGAACCUAUACUAGCUGCUAUUAGACAGGAUAGAUACAUUUAUAUCAGAGAUUUACAUAUAUGGGAAUAUCCUAUGUCUAUUGAAAAUGCUGCCACUCUGGCCUUACUUAUAGAGAGACAAUGUUAUCCCAUGAGAGUUAUAGAAUUAUCAGACUGUUUGUUAGAACCUUAUGCAGCUAAGAGACUUUCUCGAUCAUUCAAUAUAUGUCCGACACUUACACAUGUUGUUCUAGAUUAUAAUGAAUUUGGUGAUGAAGGUUGUAGAGAUUUCUGUAAAGGAUUAGAGCAGAAUAUUACAUUGCUUUCCUUGAGUAUGUGUUAUUGUGAUCUCACUCCUAAGUCAGGAGAAUAUAUAGGAGAUCUUGUAUCCAAAACAGCUGUACGUGAAUUGUAUUUAAAUGGAAACAAUCUCGAAUGUGAUGGAGCUAUGAAGAUAAUUAAAUUAUGUACGGAACAAGCAGAAUAUGAGGCCAUCAAGAGGGCAGAGGAGAUAAAAAGAAAGGAGGAAGAAGAGGCUGAAAAGGCUGCUAAAGAAAAAGAAUUGGGCUACAGAUCUGGUGAGAUGUCAGCUUCAGACAAAGAAUCCGUUCCAGGAUCUGGAAAAAAGAAAAAGAAAAAAGGCAAAAAGAAGAAAAAGAAAGAACCACCACCACCACCCCCUGUAGGCCCCUGGAUAUACAAGUUACACAUCAAUGACAAUGGAAUAGAUGGACUUGCAUUUGGAAAAGAGUUUGCUCCAUUGAUAUUCAUUAGAGAAUUGAAAAAAUUACUCAUGCAUUCAGAGUGCUUUGAAGAGUUAGAUUUAGAUGAUAACUUGAUUGGAGAUCUAGGAGGAAAAGAGAUUCUAGAAGGAUUAGAAUACAGAAAAGAAGAGACAAAACUAGGAGGAGUAAAAGUAUUAACUACACACAGAAUGAAGACAGAUACAUUUAAUAGUAUUAUAAAAUUAGGAUCUGGAUUAAAAAAGAAGAAAAAGAAAGGCGGGAAAAAGAAAAAGAAGAAGUGAAAAUCUAUCAAGCCUCCUAUUAUGAGAACUGAACUGCGCAAGCAGUAGUUGGAAGGUCAAUCUCGGGACCAAUCUAAUCAAGAGAUUUUAACCAUCUUCAUUGCAUGUGCUUAGUGAACAAACUGACUGAAUGAGGAUCUUUAACAGUAUUUAACUUUGAGGAUGUAUCAGCACAAUGAAGUUUUCUUAGUUAUUUUGUCUAUGUGUGACCUCUUUAAACAUUCAUUCAUGCUUCAAAACAACACAAAAUUAUUUUUGACCUUUUGUUACUCAUGAUAAUGUGUAUACUUUUAACCUAGGAUUAUGUUGAUGUACAACGAAACAUGUAUUUCUAAUCAAAUCUGACUUGACAUAACAGUGUAAAAAUUUUUAUCUUGAGCAUUGCGUUCUUGCAAAGAUUUAAAUUUAUUUAUGGCCUAAUGUUCAAUAAAAAUAUGUUAGUAAGAAAUGGUGAAAUGAUUAAAUAUUACAUGCAUGCAUUUUGAUAUUUUAAAUAGGCUACACCGCAUAAAGUACCAUAGGGUUAAAAUCCUAAGAUAAGAAAUAUAUUUUAAAGAAUUAUAGACAUGUAGAAAAUGUAUAGUUAAAAGGAAGUCUUUACAGUUUCAUUUGUAAUAUUAAAGAUUUUAAAAUAAAUUUAAGUCAUCAAUGAAAUAUGAUUCCUUAAUUGUUACCUUAUGUUUUGCAGGUGAUCAGAUUGCAAUUACUCUAGGCAAAUUCCAACCAUACUGCAAAAUUUUGCAAAAUUCCAACAAAAAAGAAAUUAUUAUUAACACUUGCUUUUUAAAACUAAUUCAUUAAGAAUUUUUCUACUUUUGUUUAUUUUUCUACUUUUUAUUUAUUGUAGAAGAUUUUGUUUUUCACACUAUUAGAAUGAACAAAACAGUUCUGGACAUUGCAUGUUUAAUAUUAUACUAACAGUUAUCUCCCCCUGAAACGGUAUUCACUCCCCUUAACCAACAACAAUUAUGAAGAAACACAUUCCUUUUCACUCCUAUGUAAUUUUUUUUAAAAUUAGACCAAUGUGAUAGUGCAAUUUAUCAGAAUAUUAUUAAACAUUUAUUUACUAACUCUCAUUGCAAUAUAUAAACAUUCAUGGUUGUGAGUCUCAGAGAUUUAAGCAACAAUUAAAUAUUGUUUA